GGCGCCGGCGCCUUCUUCCGCUACAUGCGGCAGCCGGUCAAGCAGGAGCUGGCCUGCAAGUGGCUGGAGGAGCCCUCGCAGCCGCCGGGCCGCGCCCAGAAGAGCUGCGACCGGCAGUUCAGCACCAUGCACGAACUGGUCACCCACGUCACGCUGGAGCACGUCGGCGGCCCCGAGCAGAACAACCACGUGUGCUUCUGGGACGAGUGCGCCCGCCAGGGCAAGUCGUUCAAGGCGAAGUACAAGCUGGUCAACCACAUCCGGGUCCACACGGGCGAGAAGCCCUUCCCCUGCCCCUUCCCGGGAUGCGGGAAGAUUUUCGCCCGCUCGGAGAACCUCAAAAUCCAUAAAAGGACCCACACAGGAGAAAAGCCCUUCAAGUGUGAAUUUGAAGGCUGUGAUCGGCGUUUUGCGAACAGUAGUGACCGAAAGAAACACAUGCACGUACACACUUCUGACAAGCCAUACGUCUGCAAAGUUUGUGAUAAGUCUUACACCCACCCCAGUUCUUUAAGGAAGCAUAUGAAGGUCCACGAAACACAGAGCUCAGAAUCGUCCCCUGCAGCCAGUUCUGGCUACGAAUCCUCCACACCCCCAGCCCUGACUGCUGCCCCCCCCAAGGACUCCACCAAACCUCCCCCUUCAGCUGUUCAGACGGCCAACCCCAACCCUGGCCUGCCCCCCAACUUCAAUGAAUGGUAUGUCUGA